AUGAGUGGCGGUGAAGAGCUUGAAGCUAAUGUUGUCUGGUGGAAUGCAUCUUCCAUGUACGUGCUAUGUCCGUACUGUGAGGAAAUCCAUCGGCAUGGCUUUUGCGGCACCUACGCGUGCGCACAGUUUCGCCUUUCUCAUUGCGACACUGGAUAUGCGCGUGAUUACAGAGUGAAAUUUCUAGUCAUUUCAGGAAUGAAUAAUGUUGGAUAUGAAAUUGACAAACAAAGGGCUCUUUUCAUAGCUGGUGGGGCAGAUCCGAGCGAAUUCUUCCCCGGUCCAGAAGACUCUCUCGAGGAGACUUCUUUCAUGCUGGAAAUAGAGAGCCGUCAUAAAUGGUCAGAGGCAACGGAGACCACGCAUAGGGAUGAACAACUCUUUCAAAUUCCUAGGUUCAAGAAAAGGAUUGAGGUAGCAGAGGAUGAUAUGGUUCAUGGGCGGGUUCAAAAUGUGCAAAAGUAUCUUGAGACCACCAUAGAAUCAAAUAUCUUCCUCUACGGUUCCCAAACAUUCGAAAUAGGACCCCUUAACUCGUCUGACGAGGAUGAGUGUGGCUCCGCGAUUGAGAAAAAUAUCCAGACUACUGGUAGAAUAGCCCUGCAUCUUACUGCUUGUGAAGCUUUCCCUGAAAUGGUCGAGCUUUUGCUUCAAAAAGGGGCCGCGUUAAUCGCGCACCAAACCGACUGA